UCAUCGCGACUCAGGUUUUCAUCUAACGUACCGGGUCACCACUGCAUGUGCCUUUGUGCUUGGAUAAGUCAGGGUCCGGGUGUACGCCGUACUGCAUAUGUACAAAUACUGUCUGUGUCCCCAAACGCAGGAGCGUCAACUAACAACAUCUUUCCACGUUUUGACAAACAACAGUUUGUGAAUUGCCAUCUAAUCAAGUCUCUGAAGCCGAGCUAUAUCCUGGAUAAGCCAUCCCAGUGCCGUCGUUCCGUCUCCCCAGGACGUCGUGGAACCGACUUCGCAACAUUUCCCUAUCUCGGGUAAUAGUGCAAGCUUGCUGACAUCUGAUAUAAAAACAGAUAGAUAGAUAAAAGAGCACAUCGCCUUUUUCCCAAGGCCCUUGAACCUCUCCACAUCUUUUGAGAAUCCACUUCUACAUUGGUCCAUCUCACCCUCACCAUGACGGUUGAUUACCCUACCAACAAGAUCUGGAGUACGCUCGUAACCAAGAGGGCGUACUUUGGCGGGGCUCUGGUCCUCAACCACACCUUGAAAAAGGUGGGGUCGAGGUACCAGCUCAAGAUCAUGGUCACCCGUGAAGCCGAGGCCGACAAGGAAUUCAUGGCCGCUUUUGCUGCUGCCGGUAUUCCCACCAUUGUCAUCCAAAAUAUCGAGCCUACACGAAAAGGCAAAGUCAACAAGGCAUUUUGGCAGAAGCUGGCCCCAUGGGCCAUGACCGAAUAUGAGAGAAUCGUCCUCCUCGACAGCGACCAAGUCAUUCUCCAAAACAUUGACGACUUGAUGACCCUAGAUCUUCCAGAGGGCUACAUUGCAUGCUCACACGCUUGCACUUGCAAUCCCCGCAAAAUUGCCCAUUAUCCCAAGGAUUGGAUCCCCCAAAACUGUCCCUUCACCUCCGCCAACCACCGCACCGGCUCCCCAGCACCCAUCACCCCCUCCUCCCCUCCCACGCACCACCUCCUCAACAGCGGCACCGUGGUCCUCACGCCCUCAAAACCGCAAUUCGACGCCCUCAUCAACGCCAUCAACACCCACCCGGACGUUCCCCACAUGGUCUUCCCCGACCAGGACAUCCUCGCCAUCGUCUACCGCGGCAAGUGGAAGCCGCUGCCGUACAUCUACAACGCCCUCAAACCAAUGCGGGACUGUCACUCCUCCCUGUGGAGGGAUGAAGACGUCAAGGUGUUGCAUUAUAUCCUGAACAAGCCGUGGGAAAGCCGCGAGUUUGAUGAGGAGGAUAAGGUUGAGUCGACGCACAGGUUGUGGUGGGAGGCGUGGGGGGAGGUGGAGAGGGAGUGGACGGGAGGGGAGGCAGGUGAGAAGAAAAGGAGGUUGUUUGAUAGUGUUGUGAGGCCGGUUGUUGCGCAGGAGUGAGUGUGAGUGACUUGAAGGUAUCUCUGGAUGGGCUUGGAAAGAGCCUCGGAGAAAGGCGAGGAAAAGACAUUGGGUAUAGGGUUUAAAAGCGUCAUGGGAGAUGACUUGGCUUGGGCUGGCGGUAUUUUGGCUUAUGAUUACGAACAAAGCGCACUUGGAGGCUUCGAUAGGGAACGCGAUGUCUUACACGCAGACGCACGUCAUGGAAAUGCGCAUUGGCUUGAAUAUUUUAUGAGGGUAUUGAAGACGAACACAUGGGGUUUCGAUGAUGCUCAAGCGUUUCCAUCACACAGGACUAGUAGCACGUUGCAAUCCUCUUAUCUGUGCCUCCUUCUUUCUCUCUUUGAGUAUGCCAAGCCUGUGAAGCGGCCGCCUGGGUUGCCAUCGUCACUUCCCAGUUGAACAAGAAAGGAGGGGUAAGAGCGUCGUGAAACUUCUCAUUGUCGUCAUCGAUGCUUCAGAUACAUUUUCAUAACCUUACCUUUCU